CUUCUUCCUCUCCUUCUUCUUCUCUGUCCGUAUGAAACCACACGAGAAUACAUUUUAUCUUUUUCUUUUCUUCGCACUCUCACCAUUGAAACCGUACUUCCCUCUAUCCUUCUUACAUCGUCUCAGCCUUCUGUAAGUUCUCUCUUUCAAUCUUUCGCUUCUUGUAUUAUUUCUCAUGUGGAUUCAUCAUUCAUCUUUAUUUUACUUUCAUCUCUCUCUUUCUCUCUAAAUGUUGGGUUUGACUGGGAAUAUGCGGUUCUCUUUACCCUAUCACACAUUUCCUUUAUACACAAUUCCUAAUUGAAAUUUGAUGAUUUAGGUCUACCCAUCACCACUGAAACCUGAAAAAUGUCUCUUGUAAUCCCCUCAUCCUCUGCAGUCCCUUUGCAUUUUUCUAAAUUGGAGAUUAACAGUUUGAGUUCCUACCAAAAAUUUGCCUCUAAUUUCUUCAUCCCUUUUCAUCAUGAAGUGGGAUUCUGUUGCAAACCAAGGCAUUUCGGGCUCCACGUCAGAAAUGAACCGAAUGUUCUUCAUAAGUAUACAGUUAGGUCUAAGGGGUUUGAUUUUGAGUCGAUUGACAAUGAGACCUUGGGUUUUGACGACGAUGAUGUUGAAGAUAUGGGGUCGCCUUGGGAAGGUGCUGUUGUAUACAAGAGAAAUGCCUCUAUUUUACAUUUGGAAUAUUGCACUACCUUGGAGAGAUUAGGUCUAGCAAAGCUUUCGACCGAUCUCUCAAAAACUAGAGCUGCUGCAAUGGGAUUGCGUGUUACCAAAGCUGUGAAAGACUUUCCAAAUGGCACUCCUGUUCAGAUAUCUGUAGAUGUGACCAGGAAGAAGAAAAAAUUGAAGCUUGAUGGGAUUAUAAAAACUGUCAUCACUCUUCUUUGCAAUAGGUGUUGCAUGCCAUCUGCUGAGAGCAUAUUCUCGGAGUUCUCUCUUUUACUCACUGACGAACCCAUUGAAGAGCCAGAGACUAUUGAUAUGGGCGUUAUUUUUGGGGAAGAGAAACUUACAAACGGUGGUAAGGAUGACGAAGACGAUGCACUUAUUGAUUUGGAGGACCAACUAUAUUUUCCUUCACUAGAUAAUCAAAUUGACAUUUCAAAGAACAUAAGGGACAGGGUGCAUCUUGAGAUUACCAUGAAUUCAGUAUGUGAUCCUGGGUGCAAAGGCAUGUGCUUGAAAUGUGGUCAAAACUUUAACACUGGCAACUGCUCUUGUAGCAAGGAGGAAGUGAAAGAAAAAAGCUAUGGCCCGCUUGGAGAUUUAAAAGAGAAGAUGCAGUUGUAACAUUUAUGAAGUUCACGCAGUAUUCGCUAAAAUUUCUGUAUCAUUAUGUGUAGAAGUUCUGAUCUUAAUGGAUUUUUUAUGUUGACAUUCUUAAGACCCUACCAAGGGCUCUUGGAUCCAUGGCCAUACAGGGCAUGGAUGAUAGAUUUUAUAGAUAUAUCCAUGGUGCAUUUUCUAGUA